GAUGUCUGAACAGCUUGAGCCACGCUGAAGUGACGGGGACGCAAGAUGAGAGGUCCUGCACUAUUUUGCUUGCUGCUACUAUUCGCGCCUUUGCUGACACAUGCACUUGUUAUGCGCUUAUUAUUUCCCAAUUUAACCGCCGUUAAUGAUUGUGCCAUACGUAAGGGAGUCUUCAACACCGUAGCAGGCAAUUGCGCUGCUGGAAAGCUUGGCGAAGCCUACUGGAAGAUGUAUUGGGCCAACUGCAAGAACUGCGACAAGUACUUCCACUGCACUGGUAACUACAACGCUGUUCAUCAAUGCACCAACUCCGCUCAAGCUAGUCGAGCAGCUGAAGCGAUCAGCGACUGCCGCGAGGAAGUGGACAAUAGGGGAGAGGACAGCGCCUUGGACCAGCAGGCCAACCGCGCUGGUCGAAGAGGCGAAAACUGCUCAGCACUGUAUCUGGAGACAGUGGAGUGCUUUUACCACCCGAAAAACGGGACGUGUAAGAGACCAACGCCAUAAGGCGACGGUACUCGUUACUAAAUGCUAGCCGCUUGCAUGAAGCCUUUGAAAUAUAAGGCAAUUGACUUCUUCGAUCGAUGUAUCCAACGAAUCAAUAAAGGUUCUGCGUGUCGAGCAUGA